UGGCGCGAGUGCCGGGGCGCACGCGCAGGGCUCCCGGAGGCCGCGCAGACGAGCGCCCCUGCGAGUGCCCAUCCCCCAACUUUCACCACGUGAGCCGGGAACCCGUCGCCCCGGCCGCUGGGUCGCCGUGGUAGGUCGUUGUCAUGGCCUCUCCGUGGGAAGAACUGACCCUUGCCUUUUCUAGCAUGUCUAUGUUCCCCUUUUUCGACAUCGCUCACUACCUGGUAUCCGUGAUGGCGCUGAAGCGUCAACCGGGAGCAGUGGCGGUGGCAUGGAAGAAUCCUAUUUCAAGUUGGUUUACUGCUAUGCUCCACUGUUUUGGUGGAGGAAUUUUAUCCUGUGUACUGCUUGCAGAGCCUCCAUUGAAGUUUCUUGCAAACAACACUAAUGUGUUACUAGCAUCUUCAAUCUGGUAUAUUAUUUUUUUUUGCCCAUAUGACCUAGUUUCCCAGGGCUAUUCUUUGCUACCUGUUCAACUCUUGGCUGCAGGAAUGAAGGAGGUGACCAGAACUUGGAAAAUAGUAGGUGGAGUCACACAUGCUAAUAGCUAUUACAAAAAUGGCUGGAUAGUCAUGAUAGCUAUUGGAUGGGCCCGAGGGGCAGGUGGUAGCGUAAUCACGAAUUUUGAGCAGCUGGUAAGAGGAAGUUGGAGACCACAAGCUGAUGAAUGGCUGAAGAUGUCCUACCCUGCCAAAGUAACCCUGCUGGGGUCAAUUAUCUUCACAUUUCAGCACACUGAACAUCUGGCAAUAGCAAAGCAUAAUCUUGUGUUCCUCUAUACCAUGUUUCUCGUGGGCAUAAAGAUAGUCACGAUGAUUACAGAGACUGCUACUGUGCCUUUUGCUCCUUUAGAGGACGCAUUGAGAUGGAUAUUAUUUGGCUGGCAGCAGCAAUUCUCAUCACAUGAAAAGAAAAGUGAAAUAAAAUCAUCUUCCAGAGGUUCUGGUUCAUCGACCUCAAAAUCUAUAGCUGGUACUUCAGAUAAAGUUAAAAAGAAACAUACUAAGAAGACUGAUUAAUUUACUUCAUGAAUUUUAGAAGGCAAAAAAUUUUUUCUCUACCUGUCAGAUUGUGAUAAAUAUUUCUAUUGUAAAUGAUGUGAAAUAAAGAUUAUAUGUAAGGAAUGGAGGUGACAAAAAAAAAGGAACAACUUUCUAUUUCAGGGAGACUCUCCCUUUCCAGAUUGUAAUUCUUGAGUGUUGUGAGUGUAUCAUGUGAAACUGUUUUUCUAAGUUAUACAAAAAUAUUUUAUUGUGGUUAUUUUAUAGUUUUAUAUUGAUAAAAGCAGGCUAGAUGUUUUUAUGUCAGAGAAAAUAAACCUACUAUCAUUGUAAAAUUACAAAAAUUAAAGCCCUAUUGUCUUAUUUAGAUAUUUUUUAAUCUAUUUGAGUUUCAGUUCAGCAACAUUAAACUUCUAAUUCACAUUAUCCUAUAAUUUCUAGAUGUAGAAAACAAUUCCUGUUUAAUUUUGAACACUGGGAAGAGUAAACUUUACCUAAAUCACUUUAUAUUACAAGUGAAAAAAAAGUUACUAGUUUGUAUUUCAGAUAUAAAAAAAUUGUAUAUUUUGUUCACAUUAAAUGGAAAUAUCUGAAGUUUUAUUAAUUUUUUUAGUAGUUUUUUUUCAGUGAGGUCAGAGUAUUAGUCUGAAUCUUGAAGACUAUUUCAUGUCCUUGUUUAUACUGUUUCUUUUUCCUCAAAAGAAAAUCAGGGGUAUAAUUUUUAAUACAUUACUAAUCCUAUGUUUUUCUUUGUAAGUUUUAUUUGAGGAGCUUAUGCUUUUUUCUCUCUUUUUAGAAAUUUAUUUUUAACUGUAGGAGAAAUUAUUCUCAGCAAUUUAUGUACUCUUCUUUCUGACCUUUGGUUUGAAUACAUUGAUGGCAGUAUCACCUUCAUGAUUCAAAGCAAAGUAUUAUUUCAAUUUAACAAUUUUCCCUGUAUGUCUCUUUUUUAAUGGGAACUUUUUAGUUUUCUAGUUAAAAUGUCUCUGACUAGUUUGCAUAUGUUUAUGUUAUGUUUUAAUCUAUAUGUACAUGUAUAUAUUAUUAAUUUUACUUUAAAUUAAAAAUAAUACCCUUAUGUGAAAAUGCUUAGCUCUGAUAGUUGUCCUUGGGCCUUUGGCAGUAACCAGCUACAAUCUCUAUGGUGUUCCAUUAGAGUGAAGAGUGAUGACAUUAAAUCUGGUUCCUUCUAGAUUUCUUGCUUUAUUUUAUAGUUUAAAAGUUCAGUUAGAACUUUAAAACUCUGUGACUGACAUUUCUUCUAUCCAGACUAUGAAUCUGCUGACCUGCAAAGAGUUAGUAUGUAUCAGACAUUUUUGGAUGGCUAAGAAGUACUCAAAUCACAAUACAAUUAGAAGGGUUCUUUUUGUUUGUUUUUGUUACUUUAAAAACAUUUUUUAACACAUAUAGACACCAGCAGGGACUAUACUUUUACUUGCUAAAGAAAAUUUUUUUUGUAGCGGGUAGAACCUUUGACAGCUUUUGGAUGCUAAGAAGUUUAUUUUUAGUAUUGCGCUAAGACAUUAAAUAUUUAAAAUUCUUUAUUAUAUUUGAUACUCUUGUAGUUAAAACUGUUCAAAAUUAACAUGUUACUAAUUGUUGACUUAAUUUUGAAAUUUGGGUUUGACUAUAGUUGAAAUCUUGUAUUAAAUACAAAUUUAUUAAAAUAA